AUGUCCUGCAGCCCCUGCUCCACCGACUUCUGCGGCUUCCCUGGCUGCUACGGUGGUGGUUACUUCGGAAACGGUGCCUCCUCAGAGGGCGGCUCCGGCGCCGUCAGCUGCCGCACCAGGUGGUGCCGCCCCAGCUGCGCUGUGGAGGGCACCUUCCUCCCACCCUGCUGUGUGCUCAGCUGCACCCCACCCACCUGCUGCCAGCUCCACGAUGCCCAAGCCGCCUGUUGCCGCCCAUCCUACUGCGGGCAAUCCUGGUGCCGCCCAUCUUGCUGCCGCCCCCCCAGCUGCGGCCCGCUGGUGUGCUGUUAG